CCCACGAACCUCCACAUACUUCUGUAAUCUACCCAUUCCUGUGUGGAGGGAGCUUCGGGCAACUAAUAAAAGUUGAACUCCUCCUCAUUCCAAAGGUCCUCCCGGCUGAAAACAGACGUGGAGAGCCAAGAGAGAAGGAGCGAGGGAUGGGAGCACAGCAGGAGGAGGAGGACGGAGCUCCGUCAGAAGAAAGGAAACAACAGAAAACGUCUAAAGAAGUUUACUUCUGCGUCCUGCCAGAUAAAUAUGAACCUCUGAUCGAAGAGGAGGAGGAGACAGAGGAGGAGAGGAGGAAAUGGAAGGAGGACAAGAAGAGAAAGAGAAAGGACAGAUACAGAAAGUAUAGGAAGAACGUGAGGAAGGCUCUGAGCUUCAGCUGGCACUGCUUGCUGGCCGGUCUGCAAAGCAUGGCCUCCAGCUACUCCACUCCUUUCUCCGCUGUGGUCACCGUGGCAACAGAGGUGAACUGAGCGAGCAGCAGCAAAGCAUGAUGGGAAACAGAGGGGAUUGAACUCUUAGAUUACUUGUGUUUACUUAUGUGGAUUAUGUUGUAUUUAAAGUCUGUUUAAGCAUUUUAAUAAAAAAAAUCUAAUUUUGAAACUUU